AUGACCCGCCGAGACAUCCAUACUCACUGGGAUUUGUCGUUCGAAUGGACGCAUCUCCAUCGCACGGCCGAGCAGCUGCGGCCAAUGAUGUUCACCUACGACAAGUUGGCGGAUGAUUGCGUUGCAAAGCUGAACGAGCUCUCGCCUCCGGAGAAAUAUCGUCCAAAGGCUGGGGAGCCAGCAACAAAGGCACCUAAACGAGAUUUACUGUCGCUACUCGAGAAGCAUGCAAAGGAUGAUUCUAAGCUCCAAGAGCUAUGGAUCGAGGUCAACACCGUCCCCGACUGGGUCGCCUGGGAUCAGAUCAAAAGAGGGCAGGAGGUUUUCUUUCGGUACGGGAUGGCCAUAAUGAAUGUGCUUAGCUUCCAGAGCCUAUUAGGCGGGAUGGGUGCAAGUCGAGUCGUUGAGACCUUGUCUAGGACCGGAGGGUUCUCUGCAGAAGUUGUCCGCCGGAGACUCUUAGAGACCCUCCAGCAUAUCCUCCAGGUGUCCCUGUCCGUGGACUCUAUGAAACCCGGCGGAGCUGGUCACCAGUCCUCGGUUAGAGUGAGGCUUCUACACUCCUCUGUCCGGACUAGGAUCCUUAGUCUCAUCGAAGAGAAGCCCGACUACUAUGACCUCGAAGCUUUUGGUAUCCCUAUCAGCGAUCUCGAUUGCAUCGGGACUAUCAACACGUUCUCGACUAGUGUCGUCUGGAUUGGUCUUCCUCGCCAGGGUAUCUACCUCCGGGAAAGAGAGAUUGAGGAUUACAUAGCCCUUUGGAGACUCGUGGCGUAUUACAUGGGCACUCCACACGAGAUCUUUGCAGACAAGCCCACUGCCAGAGCCUUCAUGGAGUCGAUGCUGGAGUUUGAAGUCGACCCUAAGCCUAUCGGGCAAGUGUUGGCGAAGAAUAUUGUCAUCGGCCUUGAGAAUACAGCCCCUAGCUUUGCGUCGAAGGAGUUCAUGGAGGCCAUGGCCAGGCAUCUCAACGGGGAUAAACUCGCCGAUCGCCUUGAAAUCCCGAAGACAAGCCUUUAUUACCAGACGCUCAUCUACGGCUACUGCUAUUUUGUGAUGAUGAUAGCUUAUUCGAACAGGGUCUUCCCGCUCUUUGAUCAAGCAUGGAUUGCAUUCCGGCGAAGAAUGUACUACUCAAUCAUCACGGAUAAGGAGCACGGUCUCGGCGGCGAAACGGUCUUCGACUUCAAGUACGUCCCCUGGUUUACGCGCACCACGAAGCUAGGAACGCGCAAGGAGAGAAGAGUGUCAAAGCCGGGCAUUGAGACCUUCGCGCAGUUGGGUGUUCUUGCUUUCUCCUAG